UUAUAGUCUCUGCUUACAUUAAUCUCCAUCCAUCGUCCCAUCCCAAAGCAAUUAAAACAAAACAGACGAUGGGUUACCACUCCUCCAACAGCAAUCAGAAAAGCCUGGUCUCUGUGGCAAUCUUCUCCACCCUCGCCGUGGGAAUCCUUUACCUCUGCGUUUGGCCUUCUUCUCCCUCCUCAGAUCGCGAUUCUUUGCUCCUCUCCAGUAUCAACAACGUCACCGUUAGGGACGAGCUGGACGUGGCUCUGGAAAGAGCUUCUUCCACGGUCAACGACAAGACGGUGGUGAUCGUGGUGAUCAACAGGGCUUACGUGGAGCCGGCGCGUGGAACGAGGGAUACGACGACGAUGCUGGAUAAUUUCCUGGAAGGGUUUUGGGUGGGCCAAGGGACGAGGGAGCUGGUGGGGAUGCUGCUUGUGGUCGCCGUCGAUCAACCAGCUUACGACCGGUGUGUGUUCAUGCGCCUCAACUGCUACAAGAUGGAGGCGGCGGGAGAGGCUGAUGAUCACGCCGCCGGCGGCGAGAAGCUCUACAUGUCCGCUGGUUUCAUCGACAUGAUGUGGCGCCGGACGUUUCUCCUCCUCGAGGUCCUCAAACGCGGCUACAGCUUCAUAUUUACGGUACGUACCAGCCCUAGCUAACUUACUACACUGUGUGUGUAACAUUAAUUAAUUAAUUAACUCUUCUAGUUCAACGUAGCAUUUAAUUACUUAGUGAUCAGGGCGAAUGCAUCGAAAACUAUUCAACAGCAAAUCAUAAUUACUCAAAACGCUCAAGAAACAAAUUAUACCGUCAUCGAUCGCCAGCUGUCUGUUUCCAAGGAAAUUUAUCAGUUAGUUUUAACUUUUAAUGAACUGCGUGACUUAGCUAGUUGCUAGCUCUUGUGUUGUGGAGGAAAAUGGGUAGCAGUGUCGGCACGCUACGCUAGUGGAGGAUAGUUUGGCUUAAUUGGGUGAGACUAGAAACAGUCCGUAGCGUACAAGAAACCGUGUUUUGACUUUGUAUGCCUUCAAUGCCCACAUCGGAGUGGGUGUUGCCAAUCGCAGCGGCAGCAGCUGGCUAGGCAUGAAUAUUGAUUAAUUAAUAUACAUCAAAUUAUCUGAAAAUGUUUGUUUUUUAAUAAUCAAUACCUAAAAUUAGUUAUAGUUUACUUCUGAGAAAAUACAUAAGAUGAGUUGAAUGGGAAGUUGGUAGGCGAAUUAGGAGCCUACCUGGCUUAGAUCGGGGCAUGGGGCUGUUAGCAAGCAUUCGGGAAAUGGAUUAAGGGUGCACCAUCAAUGUAUAAAUUGAUACAUCAUCAUUUAUACAAGGUCGAUCUCUAACCUUUUUUCUUAUAAAUUUUAAUAUGAUAUAUCUAAUUUUUUAUACCUCGUAAUGUUUUCCACAGAUAAAUUAUAUUAAUUAUGCUAUUAAAAAAAUAUUCAACUUAAUAUAUUUUGGAACAAAAAAAAGACAUAUAUUACUAGUCUAUGUCAUGAUGGUAAUGUUUGGUAUCAAAUAAGAUCAUACCAUGUGGUACGAAAGUGUACCAUGGUGGUAUGAACAUAUCAGAGAGUAUAAUGAUUGAAUACAUGAUAGUAAGAAUAUAUGAACUGUCAUUUACUAUAUUCAUCAUUGCUUACCAUUAGUAACCACCGCUCUACCAGGGUGGUAUAUAUGGACUGGUAGAUUUAGGUCCAAUAUUUUUUUUUCAAAAAAUUGUUGAUAGAAUAAAUUACAAUAAUUCGUUCCAUCUAUGAGAAAAUAUUCCAAAUUCCAAAUUUGAGUAAAAUGGUGGUAACGAGUGGCAUGCAAUUUUUUGCCGAAAUAUGUUGUAAAUGAAUCUCACUUCGUAGAUCACAAGGAACUCGCUUCUUCUGUUAAAAAAAAAUUAAUUUCAAGUUAAAAUGAAAAAGAUAAGAGUCAAAUAAAAAAAUAGAAAAUAAUAAUAAAUAGAAUAUCAUUAAUUCUUACUCGGUCAUUUGGACUCCACUUAAAACUAACGAUCCAAAUAUAAUCUACACAAUAAAUAAAAGCAAAAUGAGAAAACUUGAAGUCUCAUUUCAAAUUUUCUGCAUCCAGAGUGAAAGUAGGAAGGACAUUUUGGUCUUCACAAUUACUUUUUUUAUUCAUUAAAAAGACACUUACUAGGAUUCGAACCAUGACCACUUUAAAGAAAAAUAAAGAUCAUAACCAAUCACACUAAGUACAUUUAUUGUAUCUUUUUAAAUUAAAAACAUAUAAUUGCAUAGAGGAAAAAACCCUUCCCCCAUUUCAAAUUCACUGCUCCAGGAGCGUUUGUAGGAAGAGUAGAAUAGGGAGCGUCAAUUUUUUUCUUUUUCCUCUGUGGAACGGCCCAACUUACCGUACACAUGCGGAUUUAAGCGGGUCCAGGAGUGUCAAUUUUUUUCUUUAAGUCCUUUUAUUUCUCCGUGGUGGUAAAAAAUAUAUAUAUGAAAAGGCAAAAAACAAUACUCCUUUUUAUUGCUAAAAAUAAAAAAAUUUUAACAAUAAACUAAUGCAUGGAUUCUAAUGGGCUAACUGCUAAUCAUAAAAUAAAAGAGUUGAAUGGGUCUGACCUACACGGGAUUUUCCCAUAAAGUAAAACAAAUGAA